CGUGUCCUGCCGUUGCGGCUCUCGCGGGUUCGGGAUGUUCUAUGCCGUGAGGAGGGGCCGCAAGACCGGGGUCUUUCUGACCUGGUGUAGUUCCUGUGGUCAGGAAGUUCCCAGGGCACGAACUGACAAAGGACUUCAGCCCACGUGUUCUGCCUCUACCACCAGAACUCUUCCCACUACAAGAUACCAGAGGUCGUUACCUGUGUUCCACGGCAGCUAUAGUAUUGAGGAAGAAACAUCUCAGAAGUUGACCUUUUUGUCGUAAUGAAAUGGAAUGAGUGCAAAGCACAGGUGGACCGGUUUCCUGCUGCCAGAUUUAAGAAGUUUGCCACAGAGGAUGAGGCCUGGACCUUUGUCAGGAAAUCUGCAAGCCCAGAAGUUUCAGAAGGGCAGGAAAAUCAACAUGGACAAGAAUCGCAGAUGAAAGCCAGCAAGCGACUCCGUGAGCCACUGGAUGGAGAUGGAGAUGGAAGCGCAGAGCCCUAUGCAAAGCACAUGAAGCCGAGCAUGGAGCCGGCGCCUCCAGUUAGCAGAGACACGUUUUCCUACAUGGGAGACUUUGUUGUCGUCUACACUGAUGGCUGCUGCUCCAGUAAUGGGCGUAGAAGGCCACGAGCGGGAAUCGGCGUUUACUGGGGGCCGGGCCAUCCUUUAAAUGUAGGCAUUAGACUUCCUGGGCGACAGACAAACCAAAGAGCAGAAAUUCAUGCAGCCUGCAAAGCCAUUGAACAAGCAAAGACUCAAAACAUCAGUAAACUGGUUCUGUAUACAGACAGUAUGUUUACUAUAAAUGGUAUAACUAACUGGGUUCAAAGUUGGAAGGAAAAUGGGUGGAAGACAAGUGCAGGGAAAGAGGUGAUCAACAAAGAGGACUUCGUGGCACUGGAGAGGCUCACCCAGGGGAUGGACAUUCAGUGGAUGCACGUUCCUGGUCAUUCGGGAUUUAUAGGCAAUGAAGAAGCUGAUAGAUUAGCCAGAAAAGGAGCUAAACAAUCGGAAGACUGAGCCAUGUGACUUUAGUCCUUGGGAGAACUUGAGCCAGUGGCUGUCUUGCUGCUUGUGCUUACUGGUGUGGAAAACAGCCUGCAGGUGGGACCACUGCGGUGAUGGGCAGAUGCGUCUUUCACACGGAAUCAGGCACAGUGGCCUUCUGUGACACGUUUUCAUAAAAAACGGUUAAGUAUAUAAUAAAUUGAACAUCUUUGAGAUUGGAGAAUUA